AUGACCACUCAAAUUCCACCGUACGACAUCCCCGAGCCCACUCCUUUGUCCAAGGAAGAGGUCGGGCAAAAGUACGCCCGCUUUGAGUCCCUUCGUUCCCAGCUUGCACCCAACUUUCGCGGCCAGCUUGCCGUCCGAGGCGAAACCGCUUUUGCCAAGAGCAUCACCAUCUUCAACGAUGCUGCUCCCCUCGGCGGCUGGAUGGUCGCAUUGCCUGUCGAUGUGCUUGACGUCUCCACCGUCGUCAAAUUCUGCGCCGCACACAACCUGUCACCUUCCAUCAAGUCGGGUGGGUUUGCCACGGCUGGGUGGGCCAUUCAAGGCGAGGUCGUGAUAGACACCUCGUUGAUGGACCACGUCAAGCUCCUUGUACCCAAGCAUUCGCCUUCUAGCAACGCCUCUUCUGCUGCUCUGCAUGGCCCCGACUCUUCUCCCGUGACCGUGCCUGCUGUCGGUCCGGCUACCUCGUACAAUCCUACCGGAUUGUGCGCCACUGCUUCCGAUGGUUCAGUCUCUUCGACUUCUCAGCCCAUCCCCAACCCGCCGCUGCCUCCUUCAGCAUCUGCUGCCAUCGCUCCGACUACGGCCCGAGCCAGUCCAGACUCGACCACAUUCCAAAUCGAGUCCGUCAGUGCAUCAGAUCAGCUCAUCAGACAGCCGAACUGCGAUCCUGCAGACACGCCUAUCCAGGACCAGGUCAUCAAGAACCACAUGUCCAAGAGUGAAUCCUCUGAAGACAUUGAUCCGCAGGAUGCUGUCAAGAAUGCACUCAAGCGCAAGGCCCGCGGAUCGGAUCAGGCUUUUGCGGUUCGAGCUCUUGCCUCAGCCGACGGUCUUACUGCUUCAGCAUCAAGGCGCAGGAUCGACUCGGUCCAGGCUCGAGGCGAAGUCGACAGCAAAUCGCAAUACAUGCGGCACGGUCGAAGUCACGAGAGUGGAGCAGAUGCCGACAGCGAAAGCUCGUAUGCAAGUUCUACCCAUCGCGGCCAGCAAGGUCGAAGAGCUGCCAACGAGAACAGCAGAGCAGAUCGACAUCAAUCUUUGAGUGGCGAUCUUCAUGACUCCACUCGCAGCGUCGCCGCUUCCAGAAGUGACUUCCUCAAUGCUUCUGAGCCUCGUGACGUUGCGCCCAUGUAUCCUACCUCUGGCUCUGCUUCCUCGUCCACCAAGGGCACCACGUUCAACCCUGCCAAGGCCUGGGUUGACCGCCAGCUCGAUCUGUCCGGCAACGGUUCCGACUCUCCCGGCGGUGGAAGCAAUUCCGGCUCCAAUGGCGGCGGCAGUUCCUCUCAGCUCGCUUCAAGUUUCACCUCUGCUCUGAAAGAGUCUUCGGGCAAAUCCUCCAGUGCCGGCGGCGAGCUCGCAGAUGCCAAGGCGACCGACGGCGAUGCGAUCGGAGGCAUCACCACGGAUGAUGUAGGCGAUGAGAAUGUGCCUUUCAAGCGUCCGUCCAACUUCUUGCUGCCUAGACGUGCCAAUCCUUCCUCGCAGAGAAGCAACGUCUCGCGCUCCGGCUCUCACUCCGGAUCAGGUUCAGAUUCCUCGCGUCCUGGUCGCGAUCUGGCCGACAGUCAUACGCCCGAUGAUUGGGAUGCAAAUGCGAGUGCAGAGCACCUGCGAUGGCGUCGGCAUCAUCACCCGCCUUCCGGCACAUCUGGAGAAAAGAUCAAGCUUCCCGAAGGCGGACUUGUAUGGCGCAGCGAUGGUGCAGAUGCUGGUAUCUCAAGUGUCUCUGCCGUUCCCGGCUCGCUGCCGUGGGACGCCGAAGCAUUUGCAGCCAACCCUGAAGCUGCUUCUGCACGAUCCGGCUUGAGCAGUGGACACUCAUCGUCGGCAGAAGGCUCUUCGAACGAGCUUGAUACCAGUCGCGCCGGCAGAUCAGGCUAUUUUGGUGCCUCGACGCUCAGCGAUCUGCAGGAUGCGUGGCCAGCUGGCACGUGGGCAGUCAACCAGGACGGGGGCAACGACCCAAGCUCGACUCUGCCGCGCUUCAUUCCUUCGCCCUUGCACAAAUACGGCUCGCCAUCUCCUGCUCCUCAGGUACCCGAUCCCGACGUCCCGUACAACUUUGACUCGCGGCCCGAGAGCAACCACAGCACGGCUGCAGCCAUCUUGCCACCCGGCUUGUACGAGAAUCGUUAUGCGCUGGCGUCUUUUGGUCCAGGCGUGGGUAUUCGCGGCUUGGAUGCUUUCACCGACCGAGCGGGACGCGAGGGCCAAUUCUAUGCUACGACGGAGGAAGCGAAUAAAGGCAAGGAGCGGCGGUUCGAUGGAUCGGAUGUAUUCCCGCCGCUGGUUGUCAAUGGCGUGCCUUACCACGUGCCCGUAUCGGCUUAUCCUGUUGGCUCUACAGCGAUGACCACAGGCGGAUUCGGCUAUCUUACACGAGCAUAUGGCCUCUCGCUCGACAAUAUUGUCGAGGUGGAGAUGGUGCUGGCCGACGGCACGAUUGUGACACUCAACGAAGAGUCCAAGUCCAAGUCGCAACAGGAGCAGGAUCUGUGGUGGGCGGUCAGAGGAGCAGCGCCGUGCUUUGGCAUUGUGACGAGACUCACUGCCAAAGCGUAUCCCGUGCCGUCCGUGUACUCGGGCAACCUGAUCUACCCACUCAACCCUGCGACGGCCAGCUCGCUUAUCCGCCAUUGGCGCGACUGUCUCAAAGCGGGGCUUCCACGCAACUUUUACACCAACCUCAUCCUCACCGCCGGGCCCAGCAAGACGUCGCACGUGAUCGUGAUCCAGGUGUGUUAUCUGGGCGCCAAGUCCGACGGCGAAGCGCUGGUUCAGGCCAUCAGCAGCUGGACGGGCGAGCGGCUGUUGCUCAAGGAUGUCGAAGAGCGCAGUUUCCUCUCGCAGCAGGACGGAGUGGCCAAAGUCUUGAAAGGAGGCACAGGGCGUAGAUGGAUGGUGCGCGGCGAUCUCAUCUCGACGUUGACGGACGACGUGAUUGCCAAGAGCGUGCGCAACUUUCAAGGUCUUGGCAGCCGCGCCGUGUGGCUGUUCGAGCUGAUGGGUGGUGCGGUGGAAGACAGUCCGGAGGACGAGACGUGCAUCUGCCCCGAGGCGCGUGCGGCCAAGUUUACCGUGGGGUCGUUGCAGCAGUGGAGCGGGCAGUCGGAAGACCGAACGUGCAUCGAGAGCGUCGAGCGCUGGCUCAACGAGGUCGUGGACAAAGUGAGCAUCGGCGGGCCUUAUCCGUGCUUCUUGGGCAGAUCGGAACGCAUGGACCGCGUCAUCGGGGCUUAUGGACUGACCAACUUCAAGCGGCUAUUGGAGAUCAAGCAGAGGGUGGAUCCGGGGACCAUGUUUAGGCAUACAUUCGGGAACGGGUUUGUGGUUGAGGAUCCAGAGAAGAUGUUGAAGGAGCUCGAGGAGAAGCAGACGACAAGGAGGAGAGUACAGCAGGAGCAGGCGCAGCAGGCGGCUCAGUUGAAUGGGCAGAGUGCUUCGUCGCAAGAGUCGUGA